AUGGAUAUCCUUUGGGCUAGCUGUCUGAUCUCCAACACAAUGUUGGAUUAUGGACAACACGCUGACUGUGAUCCGAUUUUCGAUGGUGAACUAUGUCUGAAUAGAGCAAAGCCAGAGGAAACUCUGGUUGAGUCUCGUAGAG